AUUGAGGAAGAUCACCACAUCCUUCAGAAUACCAGCAAUAAGCAUCUGAAGGGAGAAGGCCUGGGUGUAAUGACACAAGCCAUGAUGAGCAAUUUGCAGAACCUGAUGUUGCACAGCAUCGGCUCAGAACAGAAGACCUGGAAGGAAGAUGGCCUGUUCAUGCUCAGCUACAACAUUGUGUUCAGAGCAGGCUAUUUAGCUUUGUUUGGAAAUGUGCCACACAAGUCAAAGGGUGGUGAGGUGAAAGCCAAAGAGGAAGACAGAACUCAGUCUGAAACUUUGUUUUAUGAGUUUCGUAAAUAUGACCAACUUUUCCCCAACCUGGCCUACGGGGUCCUUCCCCCAAAGGACAAGUGGGAAGCUGACAGGUUACAGUCCUUCUUCUGGGACGCUGUGUCAGUGGAGAAGAUGAAAAACAAGGACAACAUCAGUCGCUGGGUGUGGGACAUGCAGCUUGCCAAAGAGGAGAUGGGCAUGGAGGAGUCAAUGAUCAACAAGUACAUGUUUCUGCUUCUUUGGGCUUCUCAGGGUAACACGGGACCUUCUUCCUUCUGGCUUCUGCUCUUCCUCUUGAAACACCCAGAGGCCAUGGAAGCAGUCAGAAAAGAGGUUGAUAAAGUCUUAAAGGAGACUGGACAGGAAGUCAAACCUGGUGGCCCCCUGGUUGACCUGACCCGUGAAAUGCUCACAAAAACACCGAUCCUGGACAGCKCWGUGGAGGAGACCCUCCGGCUCACAGCUGCACCCCUCCUCACCAGGGCAGUGCUCCAGGACAUGACCCUCAAGAUGGCUGACGGGCGUGAAUACUUCAUUCGUAAAGGAGACCGCAUGGCAAUCUUUCCUUACAGCGCCGUUCUUCUUGACCCAGAAAUCCACCCUGAUCCUCUGUCCUUCAAGUAUGACCGCUUUUUGAAUCCAGACGGCAGCAAGAAAACUGAGUUUUACAAAGCAGGGAAGAGAGUGAAGUAUUACAACAUGCCCUGGGGUGCAGGGGUCUCUAUGUGUCCGGGGCGAUWUUUUGCCACCAAUGAGCUGAAACAGUUUGUUUUCCUCAUGUUGGUGUAUUUUGAGUUUGAGCUGAAGAAUCCUGAUGAGAAGAUUCCUGAAAUCGACUUCAGGCGAUGGGGCUUCGGCUCGAUGCAGCCUGACAGAGAUGUUCAGUUUCGAUACAGACUGAGAUAUUAAACCAAUCAGUGAGAAAAUAYAUGUUGAUUAUCUCUGCAAGCUUAAAUUUUAUCCAAAAUUGAUGGUAAAAUAUCAUGCUUGUGUUACGUCAAUACUAUGAAUGUAAAAUGCUUUGCAUUGGUACUCAACUUUAAACAUAUCCAAUAUUGUAUUGUGAUUCCUUUUCCCAUGUCUUUUGCAAAAAUUUUUGUGGCAAGUUAACCAGUUUACUCAUAAAACAUCUGUCUCUCCCAUAAAUCUGAAUCAAGUCAACAAUACUUUUACAUAAUAUUUAGCAGCACUCCAACUGUAAUAUUUAUGAAUACUGUAUAUCUUGUA